AUGGCUGAUUUUUCUGGUGUUAAUCUCUCUGCAAAUAGCAUGAAUAAGCUCCAAAAUUCCACUGAUUCACACUCCUCGAUCUUCUCUUCAAGCUUACAAGUGAUUAAUCCAAAGUUGACGCAAGACAACUAUCAAGACGACUAUCGAUUUUGGCAAUCACAUGCUCUCUCUACUGUUGGAGCUUAUAAGCUGGAAGAACACCUCACAGGUUUAAUUCCUUGUCCUCAACCUCUAAUUUCAUCAAAAAUUGAUGAUUCCUUUGAAAUGGAAGGUGUUCUUUUCAUAUCAAAGUGUCAGCUCUCUUCUGAGAUUUGGUUUGCUCUUGAGCAUGAAUUCCUAAGUGAUUCUAAAGCCAAAGCCUUACAUUUGAAAAACUUAUUACAAACUACACAAAAAGGCAAUUUGAGCAUUAGUGAGUAUGUCAAGAAGAUGAAAAGUAAAAGUAUAGCCGAAAGUUUGUCUGUUAGUGGUCUAGUUAUCACUAAUGAAGAUGUUUUGCAGUAUGUGUUACACGGUUUAGGACUGGAGUUUGAUGCAGUAGUGGUUAACUUGACCUCACAGCGAGAAUCCAAGUUUGAUAUAGUGACACUUCAAGAAGCACAGUUCUUAUUACAGAAGUAUGAGCUGAGGUUAGAAAAGUUUAAUUUUAUUGAUCUUUCAACUAGUUCUAUUCAUGUUGCUGCUGUGAGUAAUGCUGGUUUUAAGCCAUCCCUUAUCAACACUAAUAAUCCUUCAAAUGAUCCUGUAAACCCUUCCAGUUCCUCAUCUCAAUUUCCUCCAUCAUUUGCACAACGUUGUCCUUUACUUGCUCUAAUUCCCUCUGUCCAUUAUGGUCAAUUUUUUCACUCAGCCCCUUCUAAUCCUUAUGGUGUUGUAAGUGGUGCAUCUCCACAAUUCAACUCUUCUAAUCACUUAAUUGGGAAUGGAUCUUUCAAUUCCAAUAAGCAACACAAUGGACUCUUUACCAAUCCAAACAAUCAAACAAGCCAGAUCUCUUCACAGUCGUUACAGCCUGGAUUUGUCUCCUUUAAUACAACACAAUCACAUGGCAACUAUAUUGGCCUUAAUCACCAGCAACAACAUUUUGCCUCACAACCACAAAAUUUCACAGUUCCAAGCCAACAGAUAACAACACCAACUCAAGCCUACUUUGCCUCUCAACAACCUUCACCACUUAACUCACAACCUUCAUCCUAUCUACCUGUUGCAUCAAUUGCCUCCAAAACUCCUCAAGAUCCUGCAUGUUAUAUGGACUCCGGAGCUCCGGAUCACGUCACUUAUAACCUCAAUCAGUUGACUGUUAGCAAAAACUAUGGCGGAGCUGAUCAGCUACAAGACAAACUUUCGAGGGCAGUGUUACUGCAAGGAGAACUUAAUGUUGGACUCUAUCAGUUGAGACUUCCCUCUAUCAGUCCUCUACCUUCCUUUGAUACCUCUAUUGCACCUCUUAAAUUUCAGAGCUUUGUCUCAUCAAUUGAACCUACCAAAGUUACUCCCAUUGAACCUGAGUCUGCUGUUAAAAAUAAGUUUGUUGUUGAUAAUGAGUCUAUAGGAAGCUGUGUUAAAACCUCAAGUUUUGUUACUUUAUUGGACAUAUCUGAUGCAUCAGCAUGCACUGUUAAUGCUCCAUUACAUACCACCUUGAGUAAUUGUUCCCAUGUGUCUGAUGUUGCUAAAGCUAAUUGUUCUACUAUAUUUUAUAAUGAUUCUGAUAUGUCUAAUGCAUCAGCAUGCACUGUUAAUGCUUCAUUACAUACUACCUCUGGUAAUUGUGCCUAUGUGUCUGAUGUUGCUAAAGCUAAUUGUUUUGCCAUAUUUAAUAAUAAUUAUGAUAUGACUAUUGAAUCAGCAUUCACUGUCAAUACUCCAUUACAUACUACCUCUGUUAAUUGGUCUCAUGUGUCUGAUAUUGCAACUUCAUUAAAUACAAACCAUGUUGACAUACACAGAAAUCAUUUGUCUGAUGUAGAUGCAUCUAUUUAUACUACUCCCAACUCUAAGUCCAGCAUCACUGACUGCCCAUCCUUAGCCUGGCAAGCUGUUAGCCACAAAGAAACUACUUCCUCACUUUGGCACAAUCGUCUAGGUCAUCCACACUCAAUAGCUUUUAAUAAAAUCAUGCGUCAAGUGCACUCAGAUUCAUCACAAACUAUUCCAGCUCUAUCCUUUUGUGAUGCCUGCCAACUUGGAUACAACCUAAUUCACAAAGGUUAUAGGUGUCUAAGUGCCGAAGGAAAAAUUUACAUCACUCUUAAUGUUAAAUUUCAUGAAAUAGAGUUUACUUUUAAAUCUGGUUUUGGUCAGCCUAAUAAUUUAGCUCCCAGAGAAUCAUAUUUCAAUGAGUCACACACUAGCUUUCCCUAUUCUAAAGUUCAAGCACCAGUUGUGUCCAGUAAAAAGGUCUCUCCAACAGAACCGAGCUCUCAAGUUAGUCUUCCUUCAACAAUUGGAGUAUCGAAUUCUACCUCACCAUUACCAUCCUAUAAGUCCACUCAUUCUAUUUCACCAUUACCAUCCUAUAAGUCUGCCCUUGCUCCUAAAAAUAUGUCCAAUUCAACUACUAAUUCCUCUCUAAAUCUUUCAAACUCAAUACCUAGUUUAUCAAAUCCAGUAUCUAAUUCCCAAAAUUCCACAUCUGAACUAAUACCUCCUCCCUAUAAGAAACCUGAUGCCAAAUCCUCAAACCAUACACUUGAAAUCAAUCUAACCUCUUAUCCACCUCUUAAUCCUUCUGUUCCUUCUCAAUCAUCUUUUGCUCGAGAUCUUACUCACUGCCCUCUUGUAGUUGACUUAGCACCCUCACAAUUUCUCACUACAUCAACUGAUCAGCCUCCAAGUAUUAACACACAUCCCAAUGUUAACAAGCACACCAAUGCAUUAGCCACUACUGAGUGGAAAGAAGCCAUGCAGUUGGAAUUUGAUGCCUUAAUGAAAAAUAUCACCUGGAUUUUGGUACCAAGAACCAGUGACAUGCAUGUAGUUGGGAAUAAAUGGGUAUCUCAAACCAAGUUUCAUGCUGAUGGUUCUUUGCAAAAAUACAAGGCUAGAUUGGUUGCUAAAGGGUUCCAACAAACACCUGGGUUGGACUAUUUUGAAACAUUUAGUCCUGUAGUUAAACCUUCCACCAUUAGGAUCAUUCUCACACUUGUUGUAACCAAUGGUUGGGACAUCCAACAAGUGGAUGUAAAUAAUGCAUUUCUUAAUGGUACUUUGAAUGAGGUUGUCUACAUGCAACAACCUGAUGGAUUUGAAAACUCAGCUGUUCCCUCUUAUGUUUACAAAUUAAACAAUGCUCUUUAUAGUCUAAAACAGGCCCUUAGAGCCUGGUUUAACACGCUCAAGUUUGCACUUAUUGCUAAAGGGUUUUAA